ACUGCUCGCAUUCCAUUCACAAUCGUAUCAAUUGAAAGAAUUCCGCCGCUUUCUGAUGAUGCUGUGGAAGCUGGAGUUGAGCUUAUGGCAGGCGAGAAACUAGCCCCGGAAUUAUUAGUGGCUGACAAUGACAAGGGGAUGAAACCGCCCUUCAUUUCGCCGCAUCGCACAACCUUCUGGAUAACUACUGUUGCUGCACUGACCGAUUGUGUCGCAUCGGCUGCUUUGAUUCUGGAUAACGAAACACCCACUGUUACAUUUUGA